AUGCGGGACUUCCAGCAGUCUGCAGUCCGCCCUUCUGCUGCUGUACACAGCGACAACGCAGCAGCAGCAGCAGCAGCAACAGCAGGAGGUGCUGCCUCUGGUGAGUCAUUUGCUUCUGAGCCUCUACCUCUUCCUGGUUUACUUGAAGGGGAUGACGCGCUGAGGUUUUCUGCUGCAGCAGCAAAACCAGUAAAAGCAGCAGUUAAACGAAUAUUGAAGUGGAAGAGAAAUACUUUUCCGGGGGAGUUAUUUAGAAAUGCUUACGUCGCCUGCGAGAAGACAGACGGCAUCCGUUUUUUAUUAUAUGCAGCAGACAAAAAAAUAUAUUUAAUUGGGAGAAAAGAUGAGGACCGUUUAAAGGACGGACAAUUUAAGUGGCGAUAUUUAAUUUACGAUUGUAUGACAGUAGAAGGAGAUGAAGAAGUACAAAAGUUAAAUCUUUUAAAGAGAUUGCAGUUAGCAAAAACGCGAGUGCUUGAGCCGCUUCAACGCCUAUUAGAAAGACAGAAGCAACAGCAGCAGCAGCAGCAACAGCAGCAGCAACAGCAGCAGCAGCUAAUAGCAGCAGCAACAGCAACACACGAAGAGCCGCCAAUGGAAAUAUAUUUAAAGGAUUUCUUUGAAGUGUUUGAUUUGGAGUCUGUGAGGCGUCUGUCUCUGCGACUGCCGCACAUCUCUGACGGUUUGAUAUUUACGCCCGUCUCGCUGCCGUACAUUGCCGGGACAUCGCCGCUUCUUCUUAAGUGGAAGCCUCCUCAUCUUAAUACUGUAAAUAUUACUUCUAGUUAUCCUGAUGCUGAUGCUGAUGCUGAUGCUGCUGCUGCUGAUGUUGCUGGUUCUCCUGCUGCUGCUGAUGGUGCUGCUGUUGCUGCUGAUGGUGCUGCUGAUGGUGCUCCUGCUGCUGAUGCUGCUGAUGGUGGUCCUGCUGCUGCUGAUGCUGAUGCUGCUGCUGAGGGAUUGGAUGCUGCUGCUGCUGCUCUUGCUGCUGAUAUAUUAGAUGCUGCAGCUGAUGCUGCUAAUGCUGCUGUUGCUGCUGUUGCUACUUUAGCUGUCGUACCUAAGGCAGCAGACUUUAGCAUUGAGCCAGUCUACGACUUAGACGGCAUGCCGCAAGUCUUCAUACUCUACGCUUCUUACAGAGUAAUAUAA